AACGUUCUUUUGGCAGUGAAGAAACUAGAAAAGAAAAACCCUCUUGGUUAAAGUCGUGAAACCCUGCUUCUCAUUUCUUACAUUCAGUGGUGGCGGCGUGAGAAGAAGCAUGUUGGACAUCAACCUAUUCAGGGAGGAGAAGGGUCAUAACCCUGAACUCAUCCGCGAAUCGCAACGCCGUCGUUUCGCUCCCGUCGAAAUCGUCGACGAGGUCAUCGAUCUCGACAAAGAAUGGCGAAAGCGUCAAUUCGAGUUGGAGAAUCUCCGCAAGGAAUUUAACAAGAUCAAUAAGGAAGUCUCCAAACUCAAGCGUGCUGGUGAGAACGCUUCUAAGUUCAUUAGUGAAUCGGAGGAGACCAAGAAAUUGAUAGCGGAGAAAGAGGUUGAAGUUCGGGAAACUCUAAAUCGCUUGAAUUCCAAGUUGGAAACUAUUGGAAAUCUCGUACACGAUUCGGUUCCAGUCAGCAACGAUGAGGCCAACAAUGCUGUGGUUAGAUCGUGGGGGGAGAAAAGAGUGGAGCCUAAACUAAAGAAUCAUGUGGAUCUAGUUGAGCUUCUCGGGAUAGCAGAUACAAAGAAAGGAGCUGAUAUAGCUGGAGGUAGAGGUUUCUAUCUCAAAGGAGAUGGUGUUCGUCUUAAUCAAGCUCUUAUCAACUUUGGGCUUGAUUUUUUGGACAAAAGGGAGUAUACUUUAUUGCACACUCCUUUCUUCAUGAGAAAAGAUAUAAUGUCAAAGUGUGCUCAGUUAGCCCAAUUUGACGAAGAACUAUAUAAGGUAACCGGUGAAGGAGAUGACAAAUAUCUGAUUGCUACAGCAGAGCAGCCGCUCUGUGCGUAUCACUUAGAGGAUUGGAUCCACCCAUCCCAGCUACCAAUAAGAUAUGCUGGGUAUUCAUCAUGCUUUCGCAAAGAAGCUGGAUCUCAUGGUCGAGACACUUUAGGAAUAUUCCGAGUUCACCAAUUUGAGAAAGUUGAGCAAUUUUGCCUCACUAGCCCAAAUGACAAUGAUUCGUGGAACAUGCAUGAGGAAAUGCUGAAGAACUCCGAGGAAUUCUACAAAGCGUUAAACCUUCCGUAUCAAGUUGUUUCCAUUGUAUCUGGUGCUUUGAAUGAUGCUGCAGCAAAGAAGUAUGAUCUAGAAGCAUGGUUUCCAGCCUCUCAAGCUUACAGAGAGCUAGUGUCCUGUUCAAACUGUACAGAUUAUCAGGCCAGAAGAUUAGAGAUUCGAUAUGGACAGAAAAAGAGCAACGAGCAGAUGAAGCAAUAUGUUCAUUUGUUGAACUCUACUCUCACGGCUACUGAGAGGACCAUUUGCUGCAUACUAGAGAACUACCAGAAGGAAGAUGGGGUAGAGAUACCAGAAGUCCUUAGGCCAUUCAUGGGAGGAAAGACUUUCCUGCCUUUCAAGAACCAACCAUCUAAUGAAGCCAAAGGGAAGAAAUCGAAGGCCUAAUUGCAUUUUAAGGUAUUGAAACAGAAACACGUUCAAUUUAAUCGAGCUGCUCAUAUACUAAAUUCAUUUACAAAUUUCGUGGGAAAGAGGAAUGCGGUCUGGAAAAUGGGGGCUAGAGUUUUUAACCUAGUCUUGUAGUGGGGGGAGGGUGAACUUUGUGGGUUUUCUCUGACUUGUUUUACCCCCCUUUACGUUGAUAGGUUUUACGCAGUGGAAUGAUUCUAAUGUUUCUGAAUCUCUAUUGCUCGACGGUCAAAUAGUUUAAUAGAAAAAUAUUUUCAGAACCUACUAGGAUUCCUUUUUUAUUCUUGUGUUCUGACAUGGAUUUGUCAGUGGUAAUUGGAAUUUUCUUUAUCAGAAGAGUGAGGGUCUCAACUUUCAA